AUGAGCUCUCUAUCUCUACUCAGCCUUCCAACGGAGGUUCGGCUGAACAUUUACUCUCAUCUUUUCGACGAUGAGUGCCUCUACAUCGAUUCACCCACCGGAACAUCUCCAUCAAAGCAGCAACCUCAGCCUGCACUUUCUCCUAUCCUGCGAACAUGUCGACACCUUCGCGAUGARGCCGGCCCUUUAUAUUUCAGCAAAGUCAAAGUCCACUUCGCCGUCCGCAAAGCARUACCGUGUGCAAACUUGAUCCACUGGCUGGAUAGCAUUGGCGAGUCGAACGUCAGGCUACUUCGAAACAUCACCAUGCGUUKGGAGAACUAUGUCGAUAUCAAUAUCGAGUUGAACCACAACGCUCGAGUGUCAUCGAACGACGUCGCAUCGUACGUACCUGCGAACGGUACAGGACAAACGGACACAUCAGUCAGCAGCAGGCCUGCAACAUCCACCAUUGAUAUGCCAUCGAUCAUGCUUGGGGAGCAAUACAUUUUCCAGGCUCCCAUUUUCAACCCCACCACCAGAUCACAUAUUGGUCAGAACCACAUCUUUACGAUAAAAGGAACAUCGGAUUCAAAGGAUCGGAAAGAGUAUUGGAAAGCCAACGGAACGGCGGAGUUCUGUGAUACUUUGGCCAAGCAUCUCUCGCCGAGAAUAGGAGCGACUUUGGAAAACAGAGGGGUUUACUUGAGUUCGAGAGAGCUUGUUGAGUUCGUUGGCGAUGCUAGUAACCAUGCGGCCAGCCUUCGGUGGCUGUGGUACUGGUAG